CACGUCAUAUGGCAUAUGGCGAGUUUUGAAAAGUCGAAGCAAGAGGAAAAUCGGAUUUGUAAAAGUACAAAUGUAUUAAUAUUAAUGGUAGCCCUUUUAUAAAAUUGGAUAAAUACAAAACAUACAUGAUGGAUGAAAGUAAUAUACCUAUCGAUAUUAACAUAGGAAAGCUUCAGGACUGGCUAGUAAGUCGUCGACAUGUGAAUAAAGAAUGGCAAAAGAACAUUAUAGCUGUACGAGAAAAAAUUAACAAUGCAAUACAAGACAUGCCAGUACAUGACGAUAUUGCAACUUUACUAUCUGGUAGCUAUAUUAAUUAUUUCCAUUGCUUGAAAAUCAUAGAGAUUUUAAAGCAAACAGAAGCGGAUACGAAAAACAUCUUUGGCAGAUAUGGUUCUCAAAGAAUGAAAGACUGGUUGGAUGUUGUUAGAAGUUAUGAAAAAGAAAAUUUAUAUUUAGCUGAAGCAGCACAGAUGCUUGUCCGGAAUAUCAACUAUGAAAUUCCUAGUUUAAAGAAACAAAUUGCUAAGGAAGAACAAAUUCAACUGGAGUGUGAGAAAAAACACAUGGAAUAUUUAAAAAAUGAAGCUUCCGGAAAAUCAGAAUUUCUCACAUUAUGUAAACAGUUGGGAAUUGAGGGCAAUAAAAUUAAGAAGGAAUUAGUUGAAAGGUUACAAGAGCUGCCAGAAUUAUAUGAUAAGAUUGGUAAAUCAUUGAAACCGAUAUUACCAGCUAUAGAAUUAUAUUCAGCCUUUACUAAAUAUGUUCUUGGUGAUGAAGCACCGCAAGUGUUGCCAUUAUUACAGUAUAUGGUAGAACAUGGCAACACCACUGUUUAUGAAUGGACUUAUGGUGAAGCACCACUGAGUGUUGAGCUGGAUCCUAUUCAUAUUGAAGUGGAAGAUGAUAAGGCAGCUGGUGAUCAGAUAGAUUUUGGUGAUGGUGCCAUAGAUUUUGGAGCAGACACGUCAGCUAUUGACUUUGGUGAGGGCGAUGCCAGCGGAGAGAUUGAUUGGGGGAAUAUUGAUGUUGCAACAACAGAUGAUCUAUCAGCAGAUCUAGCGACUAUAUCUCUGGAGGAGUCAGGUAUUGUGGUAGAGGAUGCUGGGCUGCAGGGUGGGGUGGCAACAGGCAGGGAGGCCCUUACGUUACUGGACAAUCCCACCACCAGCAAUCAACUUGUUGAACAACUGCUUGAGUUGGAGUCGUUCCUGAAGAUGCGUGUGUACGAAACGAGUACUUCGGAGCAGACUUUCUCCCUGCUGCAGCAGUUGCCAGCGGAGAGCGAGGCGGCACUGGGCGGUAUGCUGGCGGCCGUGCAGCGUGCAGCCGCAGAUCUCACAGCUCCUCAUAUAAUGCAUCUUCACAAUGUUAAACAUUCACCCAGAUACGUGGACGUAUUGACUGCUCAGUUAGAACAGAAGCUGUCAGUGUGUGACAAGAUGUCAAAGCUGGCUGAGCGCGAGUCAGAGCGGCGACAGGGGGCGGAGUCGCGCGCCGCGGAGCUCCGCCCCUUGCUCGCACGCAUUAUACAGCGCACUAAAGAACUGCAGGCGCAGAUCGAGGCAGACAUUUCGAAGAAGUACAAGGGAAGGCCGGUUAAUGUAAUUGGUGGGGUUAAAUUUCUAUGA